GCUGGGGAUUCGGGGAACGUCAAACGCUGUGCUCGUGUCCCGUUCCCUGUAGUCCCAGGGUGACCACUCUACAAGUUUACAGGCCGCUUCAAGAGGUUGGAGUCAGUCGGACAAUGAUUCUUGUUGGCUGGGAAGAACCCUGAUACCAGAAACAAAGGAAUGUUGGAGAAGUCCAGAGACUGAGCCACUGUCAUGCAGAAGAUGAUGGCCUAACGGUGCCCUCAUGUUUGUAAAGGGGCUCAUCUUCAUCUUCAGAUGUUUCUUUUGUUUUUCACCAUCGGGUUCUUCACAGCAAAUGAGCCAUCAUUUUCCUGACUUCACCCUUUGGAGGGGACCCUGGCAAGGAGGUAUUUUUUGGAAUUAAUGGAGUCGGAAGGACCCCCAGAGUUAGAGAAUUCAGAAAAACCAGUAUUUUUACCACAAGAGGAAGGAGAAGUUAAUGAAGAAAAUGAAGGAGACAAAGAAGCAGAGGAUGUAAGCACAGUUAAUCCCCUCUUACAGCCUGCUCUCACAGGGGAUGUGGAAGGUCUGCAGAAGAUUUUGGAUGAUCCUGAGAACCCUCAUCAUGAACAAGCCAUGCAGUUACUUUUGGAAGAAGACAUCGUUGGGAGAAAUUUAUUGUAUGCAGCUUGCAUGGCUGGGCAAAGUGAUGUGAUUAGAGCUUUGGCAAAAUAUGGCGUGAAUCUGAAUGAAAAAACUGCCAGAGGUUAUACACUCUUACACUGUGCUGCAGCCUGGGGUCGUUUGGAAACUUUGAAAGCACUAGUAGAAUUGGAUGUUGAUAUAGAAGCUUUAAAUUUCCGAGAAGAAAGAGCUCGAGAUGUUGCUGCUCGGUAUUCUCAGACUGAAUGUGUUGAAUUCCUGGAUUGGGCAGAUGCGAGGCUGACUCUGAAAAAAUAUAUUGCUAAGGUCUCUGCAGGUGUUACAGACACAGAAAAGGGACAAAUGAAGCUCUUAAAGGAAGACAAGAACACCAUCCUCAAUGCAUGCCGUAUAAAAAAUGAGUGGUUAGAAACCCAUUUGGAAGCGUCCAUUAAUGAGAUUUUUGAACAGAAACAGCAAUUGGAAGAUAUUGUGACUCCUAUCUACACAAAAAUGUCUGCACCACGUCAAGUGAAGAGUGCCAAAUCUGUAUCCUAAGCCAUGGUCAGAAAAGAAGUCAAGAUCAUACCUUCUAUUAACGUGUAUUUUAUUAAAAUAUUUUUCUUCUAGUAUUUUUAAGAGCAAACCUAUUCGUGUCAACUGAAGUUAAGAAAAUAGACAUUGGAUUUUAUAAUAAUGUUUAAAUAUGGAACUAAAACAACCAGUUUUGUUUUACUCUAUUCACUGUGCUUAUGUCCAGACUCUCUGACCUGACUUCUGCUCCCUCAAAUGCAUACCAUGUGAGUUCCAUGUGCUCCUUCCUUAGGGUACUUUGGGGUGAAUCCCAAAUCUGUCUGGAAGCUCUAAAAUCUAUUUAGAAGAUCUAAUAAAGUUUGUGUAACUGAGGCAGGAAAUUGCCAUUCAGUUGAGGGAUUCUGUAAGAAAAGGCAUAUUUCCAGAGGAUGAUUUGUUCUCCCUUUCUAAGAUGGAGAGUGAUGGAAUGACAUCCAGAGGCAGGAAAUAUUAAGAAUGGUUUGGAUCAGAGUUCUCUGCUUCUAUAAUGCUGUUUAUGUCCAAAUCAAAAUUCACCUGUAAGAUGGUAUAUAGUUAGAAAACUUUCUUAUUUCUUUGUCUUUAACUUCCUUCUAUCUUUAAAUUAAAAAAAAAAAAAACUUUAGCUUUCCCCUAUUCAGUCAGUUUGGCAAUACAAAUAGUGUCACUGGACCCUGUGUAAUUUUUCUGUCUAUUCUAUUUUUUUUGAUUUUGAAUAUAAGUGUUAGUUUCUCAUUAGUGAUUUAGAAUGUUGUUUGUUCUAAUGUUACUUGUUAUUAAUUAAGCCCCCAAACCUUCUACUACCUGUAAAUUCCUAGAAAAGUUUGAUAGAAAAGGAAAUGUAAAAAAAAAAAAAAAAAAAGAACCAAAGCCCAAGAACAUUGAUUUGUUGUUGGUUGACUUGCUCUUCUUUCUCCCACCCUGAAAGAUACUUUUCUGUUGUAGAGAGGAAGGAAAAGAAACAAGCAAUCAGUAUUUCCUUAUUAGUUGAUAUUUUUCCACCUUUGGUUUUGAGGUAACACUGUUUUACAUCUGUUUCACAAAUUUUAAAGUUUUGAGAUUUUUUUGUGUGUGAGCAAUUCAAUUUCAGUUGCCUUAAGCAAAAGAACAACGCAAUAAUUCUUCCUCUUCUCACUGGUAGACCCAGUGGGUGUUAAUGGAGUGGUACAAAGGAGACCCGUAUUUCCUUCAUUCUCUUAAUAUUGUAUAUAGUGAGAAUUCCUUUAUCUUUAAGCACUGCAAUAAUUUGGGAAAGGGCAUGCACCAUUUUUGUUGUUCCCACCUUAAAAUUCCUGAGCCUUGAUCUUGAAUGUGAAACUACUUUCCAGGCAUGUGGUCCUGCUAAUGAUUAGUUUCUGCUAAUAGUCUACUUGGGUAAAAGAUGUCAACUGCAUGGAGAUGGGAGGAAACUAGACUUUUGGUGAUAAGAAUAAUGUUGUAUAUGCAGAUAUUGAUACAGAAGUCUGUACACUUGAAACCUAUAUAAUAUUUAAAACCAAUGUUACUUCAAUAAAAAAUAUCACUACUAUUUACUAUCACUAUCAUUUAAUAAAAGAAAAAAUUUUUUUAAAGAAAAGACAUUUUUAACUCCUGAAAAGAAGGACAAAUACAAUUUCAGUAGAAGGCUCUACCCUUUAAGGUGAAUAAAUUAAGCUUUGUUAUAGACUUUUUUAUUUUUAUCGUUUUGUCAUGUAGGAUGGAAAUUUUGUUAGGAGUCACUACUAUCCUCUGCAACUAUGAGACUAUUGGCCUUUGAGACUAUUGCUCUAUUCUAAGCUAAAGCAGCUUAGGUCAACACAAUGGCACAAAUUGUAAAGGUGUGACAAUGCACCCCAAGGCUUGAUCUAAUAUGUGAUAUAUUGUAUUUUCUAAGACUAGCUCAUCUCCCAUCCCACACACUUUUCUCACAAUUUGGUCAUGACAUUCUUCACAUGAUGGUGGAGCAGGGGUGAGGUGUCUCUAUUCUCCCUUCUUUAAUCUGGGCAGUCCUAUGACUACAGUGAAAGUAAUACUACAUGAUUUCCAGAAAUCAUAAAAGAUUGUAAGAGUUCCGCCUAGUUCUCUUGAGAUAUUUACCAUUAGAAACCAGCCUGUGGAGAGACCCUAUAUGGACUGGAACUGAAGCCCAUAACCCUAGCUGAACUCUAUCCUGCAAUCAACCCAACCUGCUGACCAUAUGAGCGGCCAUGUUGGAAGUGGAUCCACCUGUUCACUUGCUGCCGACUAUGCUGUGUGGAACAGAGAUGAGCCUUCUCUGUUGAGUUUUGUCAAAAUUGUAGAUUUGAGGUAAAUAUAUGAUUGUUGUUGUUUUAAGCUGCUUAAGUUUGUGUCUGUCUAUUAUGCAGCAAUACAUAAUAUAUAAAUUUUUGAACCUGAAGCUCAGAAAAUAUGUGGCAUUGCUUUUUUUGGUGCUGGUUG